UAAAUUACCGUAAACACGCUCGUUUCGUCCCGUUUUAAGUGUCCGUUAGCGUUAAACGAACCCGUUUAGUCGUUUCGUUUCCUAGCUAACGUUAACGUCGGUGAAUCAGCCUUCAGCUUUAACCUCCAUAUUUCUGUCAGUUAUUGAUGACCAGCGUGCAGUCUCGCGCCUGACCGUUAAAGGGUGAACAAUUCAAUUCAAAACUUUAUUGAAGACGCAGCUCAAAGACAGGCCCACAGGUGAAACACUCCUCGAGACAGACAGGAGCGUGCCAGAAAUGAGUUGCACUUUCCAUCUUCGCAGCGGCUUCUCUCAUGGCCACUUUCUGCUCGUGUCGUCUCGACAGUCCGUGUUUCUCAGAGCUCUCAGCUCCGUGCCCCAGAUCAGCCGCAGCCUGCAAGAGAGCUACAGGCUUCUGCAGCUGCCUGAUGCGGGACACAGCAGUCCUGCGCAGGUGAAAGAGGCCUACUUGCGCCUAGCCAAGCUCUACCACCCGGACUCUGGGGCUCCGACUGCAGAUGCGAUGCUGUUUGCUCGGGUUGAGGAGGCCUACCGUGCUGUGCUGGCACAUCAGAGCAAAACCAAGCGACCUGAUGAAGGGACGGACGUGGAGAGUGAGGAGAAGUUCAGAGGUACUGCACUUCAGCACAGACACUACCUCAGCUACGAGGGUGUGGGCUCAGGCACGCCCAGCCAGCGUGAGCGUCAGUACCGGCAGAUUCGUGUCGACCGCGCAUCAGAGCAGGUUUUGGACUACCGGCAGAAGGAGCACGAGAGGGCUGCCGCCGCAGAGGGGGCGCUGGUGGAACGGGACAUGCGUCAGCGCAGUCGAAAGAUCAAAAUCACCCAGGCUGUGGAGCGGCUUGUGGAGGACCUGAUCCAGGAGUCGAUGGCCCGGGGAGACUUCAGGAACCUGAGUGGAGCUGGAAAGCCUCUCAACAAGUUUGAGCACAAUCCGUAUGCCGAUCCCAUGACCCAUAACCUCAACCGCAUCCUCAUUGACAACGGCUACCAGCCACCCUGGGUCGUCACGCAACGUGACAUCCGAGAGAGCACUGCUCACAUCCGAAAUAGGUUAUUGGAAGGCAGAGCCAGGCUCGACGACCCCAUGACCCCCAAAGAGCAAAGCCAAUGGGAGGAGCUGUGUGCAUCCGUAGAGGAGGAUUUGGUGAAACUUAACAAGACGGUGGACAAUUACAACCUCAUCGUACCGAUGCUCAAAAUGCAAAUGGUUCACUUCAGUUUGUCACGUGAGAUUGAGCGCGCUGUGAAAGGAGCCCAACAACACAGACUGGACCAGCAGAAACAGAGGGAGAAGGAGAGAGAGAGGAGGAAGGAGGAGAAAAAAAGAGCCAACGCUGUAAAUAAGCCUAAAAAAAACAAACAAGGCUUGAUGUCUUGGAUGAAGAAUUUGCUCAGAUCAAACCAGUAAAACUGGGAUUCUAAGGGUUUUUUUCCCCACUUAAACCAAUAAUAUCAGUUCACGGGGCAAUAUUUCAGACAGAUUUAUUAAUCUACUUAUUAAUAUACACUCUGAAUCAAACAAUGGGGCCACUGAUUAACUCUGUGUUACUGCUGCUUUUGUCCAGGAUUGUCACCAGGGACGAGUUGUUCAAAAGAAAUUGAUCAGAUUGGAUCAAAUCUUGAAAAUAGGUUAAAAAAAAAAAAAAGCUGCUAGCGAAUCCGGCAGGAAAACACACUAAAUACUCUAUUAACAACAACAUAAGCGCUAUAUUAGAAAUGAUAUGAAUGAUUUGAUUGUGAUAAAUGAUAAAAUAUACAUCUGGUACUUCCACAUUUGAGUCUACAGAGAGAGAGAGAGAGAGACGAGUGGACACACAGGAACAUACAGGCACACAGAGAGACACUCAGACACACAGGCAAGCAGGGACAGAGCUCUCAGUGUGAUUAGAAGCAGCAGAGAAGAAAAAUCGGACAAUUUACAUAUUGGGUCGCUUUUCUGUCCAGCGUAAACCCUGUAGUUCUCAUCCCUUCCAAAUUUUUUAUUGAAGAUUUGAGUCUAACUCGGCGAGGUUUGAAUGCAUCGAUUAAUGCGUGAUGAUGUCACCAACAUGCAAAUGAGCGUAUGAUGUCAUUUAGUAACUUAAGUGCUAGCUGCGUUCACUGGAAAACAUUUGGCAACUCUAGCUGGAAAAAACAAGUAUUGAGCAAUCAUGACUGUAAAGUGUGAGGAACUGCACGUGUUGUUUCUGUGAAAUUGCUCCUCUGAAAAUACAAACCUAACACUA